AUGCAGGAAUCCGAAAGCAUUGCACGAAAUCUCACUAUCGAAGCUCGAAGCACGGAUAUGCUCAUAAUAUGGACCGACUGUGAUCGUGAAGGAGAGGCAAUUGGCUUUGAAAUCGCGCAACAUUGUCAAAAGGCACAAAGGCGCCUUAUAGUGAAGCGUGCACGCUUCAGUGCCGUAAUUGCUGACCAAAUCCACCAUGCAUGUAUGAACCUGGUAGACUUAGACCUUCACGCUGUGGAUGCAGUUGACGCGCGGCAGGAGGUCGAUCUUCGGGCGGGUGCAGCUUUUACGCGCUUACAAACCAUGAGAUUGGGUCCACUACUAAAGUUGGAUAGCAUGCUGUUGAGUUAUGGACCCUGUCAAUUUCCGACGCUCGGAUUUGUGGUGGAUCAUUACAAGCGAGUCGAGACAUUUGUACCUGAGGAAUUCUGGUCCAUUGACCUUAGGCACGCUGUUUCCCAACAAGGGCAAGACAGGAGAACGAAUGUCGAAUUUCUAUGGGACAGAAAUCAUUUGUUUGAUAAAAGAAUUGUCCACAUUCUGCAUAAACGUUGCAAGGAUGCAGAAGAAGCUGAAGUUAAGCAGGUCGUGCGGAGAACAACUUGGAAACGGAAGCCAACGCCCCUAACGACAGUUGAGCUACAAAAAAAUUUAUCUCGGCUUUCUGGCAUGGCGCCGAAGAGAAUCCUCGACGUGGCUGAAUCUCUCUAUCAGCGCGGUCUUUUAUCAUAUCCACGCACUGAGACAAACCAAUAUGAUAAAGACUUUGACUUCGUCAGCCUGCUAGACAAGCAGCGAAGCGAUUGUAUUUGGGGGGCGCAUGCUACGGAGAUAUUCGCAUCGGCUACUGGAAACGGGUCAGAUUCCUUGCAUUCAUUACAAUAUGAACGACCGCGGGAUGGACAGAAAAAUGACAAGGCUCACCCACCUAUUCAUCCAACGGCACAUGCAAAUGAUCUCAAAGCCGAUGAGAAACAAGUGUAUGAUUAUGUGACACGAAGGUUCCUCGCCAGUUGCACCACCGAUGCCAUGGGGGAGGAGACCAAAAUAUUUAUUGAGAUGGGUGGCGAGUCGUUCCAUACGUCAGGUUUACUCGUCAAGACGCUUGGAUUCCUAACAAUUUUUCCGUAUGAGAAAUGGACGAGCAAAUUUGUGCCUGAGUACCAGGAGCGCCAGCGAUUUCGUCCGAGUUCCAUCAGUGUCAAAAGCGGGAGUACCAGCCCUCCUAACUUGCUUACGGAGGCGGAUCUUGUUCAUCUAAUGGAUAAACAUGGGAUUGGCACAGAUGCCACGAUUGCUGAACACAUCAAAAAAGUUAUCGACCGUCAGUACGUUGUUAUCACCAAACAAGGAAAGACCAAGUACUUGGUGCCAUCGACAUUGGGUAUGGGACUCGUCGAGGGAUACGAGCGCCUCGAAACGAGUCUGCAGCUCUGUAAGCCGAAACUCCGGCACGAUACAGAAACUCAGUUGGGACUUAUUGCGACAGCACAGCGAACGAAGCAAGAGACAGUGAGUGAGAAUCUGACAGAGUAUAAACGAAUCUAUGACAUUGUGGAGAGAGAUUUUGAACAAAUUCGCGAUGCUGUAUGCACCUACUUUCGAACUUUACCGCAAGACGAAGUACAAGGGCCACGAUGGCAACACGCACGACGGGAGCAGCGACAGGCAGAGGCUUAUUGUGCGUCUCCUUUUCCGAACGAGAGUGCCCAAACAGAAAGUAGUACUCCAACAUGCCAUUGCAGCGCUGCAUGCACGACAUGUACGGAGCAUCGUUCGGGAAGAGAGUAUUGGGCAUGUGGCAACCGCGACCUCAGAGGUCAUGACUGUGGGUUCUUUCGAUGGUGUGCGAUGACGCCAACCUCGCCGCAUACGAACGAGGGUCAAGCCUCGCGAAUUCUGCAGGAGGCGACUAAACGCUCAGCUGAUCGUGAGCCUCGCGCGAAACGCGCAAAAACCAAUGGUCAACAUACAAUGUGCAAUUGUGACUUGAUUGCCAAGUGCUGCCGAGCACAGAAGGGCCCGAAUGCGGGGCGUUUAUUCUACACUUGUCCGAAGGAGAGCAAACGCGCGAGCCCUAAUUAG